AUGGCUUCCUCCACAACCCAGAGCCUGACAGAAGUGGUGAAGCUCGAUACAGAGGAAGAUGUCGCCGUGGCCCUAGCUGAGUACACCGCCGAUCUUUCUAAAAUGUUCAUCGAAGAAAAGGGCUCGUUCUCCGUACGCAUUCCCCCUAACAACAUCUUCGCCAUAAACGACAAGAAGUCUUCGGAAGACCCGGAUCCCAAUUCGGACCCAUGGGAGUACUGCUCACCUGUUCAGCUGUUCUGUUAUCGGAAUUCGGAAUCCCUAUAUCUACAGAAGAGAGAGGAACCAGCCAUGGAUGCAUUGGACUCAGUUUUUGACCCAUUCAGAGAUUUCGCCAAGGACAGCGUUCGCCUCGUCAAGCGUUGCCACAAGCCUGAUCGCAAAGAGCGAUGCUUUCAAGAAUCCAAAGUUGCAUUCCAAAAUGCUUCAACAUUUUCCUCAAUUACUGCCCUGCUUGAAAAGCUUCGUCUAGAAGUAUAUGGAACUAAUGUGAAGCAUGCAAAUGAAGAAGGCGACAAUCAGCAGCCAAACAGAGCUGAGGAUGAGUGGAAGCCUGGGAGGUCCCACAAGAGCUCCCCUAAUAUGCACAUAAUAAGCUCCAUUGUUGACAGGACUAUUGGGCCUUCUAUCCUGAAAGAGACUGAACAGAUUUUUUUGCAAUGCAAUGAGGAUCAAAUGGCACAGUUGCUUUCAGCUUUAUGGAUAGAAGUCAAUCUACCUGAUAACCUGCCUGCUAAUAUCGAAGCUAUUGCACAGUCAUUCUGUCUAGCACUUAUUUCUUGUCGGCUUAAGAACUUGAAUGAUACUCUGAUACUCAGGUUUUUUCAGCUUCCCUUGUCGAUAAGAAAGAUUGCUUUGGACUCCAAUCAUGGGUCUUCGCCUCCAGCUUAUCGGAGGUCACUUCUUGUACUAUCGACUGCAAUGAUGAUGUUUGCUGCUAAGCUAUAUCAUGUUGCCGAGACUCGUAAUCUGCUCAACGUGUUGGUUGAUUCAGAUGUGGACCCACAUGUCGACAUAAGUGACGAAUUUCAAGUCUAUGUAAAGUCUCAAUCCGAAGUGAAAGAUUACGGCUCUGCGUCAGAUAACGAAGAGGCUUUGUUGACCCUGGUCAAUUUGCGAAGCAAGUCUCAAGAGUCUGAUAAAGUCGUGCUUUCCUUAUUAGUUGAAAGUUUGUCAACCAUUACAAAGUAUGAGUCGGAAGACAUUGCUAAGCAGCUAAUGGAGGGAUUUGUACCGGAUGAAGUUUUCAUGUUCGGCGCGCAAUCUAUAGUCGACAUGGAUCACUUCCAAAGGGCUGCACACUCUAAGGGAUCACAAUCUUUUGAUGGGGUUCCUGCUUCUCCUUCUCCUUCGAUGUCCCAUAUUGUCAGCAUUGGCCAGCUGCUAGAAUCGAAUCUUCAUUCAGACUCUGCUAAAGAGCCUAUGAAUGCUGCUUCGCAGAGAUUUUAUCGGCGUGGCUCCGGCGAGAAUGGACGGUGGCUUGUGUGCGUGAAAUUGAGACUGUUUAUUGGGGCUAAGCUGCUGGGAUUUGAGAGCACGAGUUUGAAAGUGCUCGACAAAAUGAAGAACACAGCUGCAGAGGAGAGUUUCUGA